AUGUUCGACCUGCCGCCGGGUGUUGAUCCGUCCAAGGCGGCUCCUACGAGCAAGAAGCGGAAAAUACCCAGAAGCGGCAGGCCGGCUGCUCUCAAGGCCCUAUUGGGACUGGCGUUCAUCGGUGCUUUCGUUGUAUUUGCGCCCAUGUACACUACCAAUCUUCUGCUGGGCAAGGAAUUCGCUGCAUACGGGUUCUUCAGGAAGAUCUGGGUGAUGUAUGUGUUUGGAUUUGCGGCUAGAUUGAAGUACUACGGUGUUUGGUCUUUGGCUGAAGGUGCUUGUAUCCUCUCUGGAAUGGGAUAUAACGGUGUCGACCGCAACACGGGACAGGUGUUUUGGAAUAAGCUUGAGAACGUCAACCCCUGGGGUCUAGAGACUGCUCAGAACCCUCAUGCGUUCCUCGCCAACUGGAACAAGAAUACAAACCAUUGGCUACGGAACUAUAUCUACCUCCGUGUCACCCCCAAGGGGAAGAAACCUGGUUUCCGUGCAAGUUUGGCUACCUUUGCUACCAGUGCCAUUUGGCAUGGUUUUUACCCAGGUUACUACCUGACGUUCAUCCUGGGCUCUUUUGUCCAAACAAGCGCCAAACAUUUCCGCCGUCAUGUCCGCCCCUUUUUCCUAACCCCUGACGGCACCGCUCCAACUGGUUUCAAAAUAUACUACGACAUCGUCAGCUGGGUUGCAACCCAACUCACAAUGAGCUUCACCAUUGCUCCAUUCAUCCUCCUGGAUUUCGCGGACUGCACUAUCCUCUGGGGUCGCCUCUACUUCUACAUCAUAAUCGGCAUCGUCGCCACCCUCACUUUCUUCAACAGCCCCGCAAAAGCCCAGCUAACUCGCAGGCUAAACAAACGCAACAAGGUUGCCACCGGAAAGGCUGGGAGAUGUAACCUGGCAACCUCGCCCAACAAGACAAGCCGGCUUAAUGAAGCUGCCGCUGCCAAAGCAAGGGAGAAAGCCCAGGCUGAUGCCAGGGGAGGUGCAGGCUGGUCAAACACCGUAUACCGAGCAACCUCUUGGUCUGCCCAAUGA